AUGUCUGUUGAUUUUAACGCUGUGGCCACUGAAUUCUGUAACUUUUAUUACAACCAAUUUGAUUCUGACAGAUCACAAUUAGGUAACUUGUACAGAAAUGAGUCAAUGUUGACUUUUGAAACUUCUCAAUUACAAGGUGCUAGAGAUAUUGUUGAAAAAUUGGCAUCAUUACCAUUUCAAAAAGUUGCUCACAGAAUUUCUACUUUGGAUGCCCAACCAGCUUCUGCAAAUGGUGAUAUUUUAGUCAUGGUCACUGGGGAAUUAUUGAUUGACGAAGAACAAAACGCCCAACGUUAUUCACAAGUUUUCCACUUGAUCCCAGAUAAUGGUUCUUAUUAUGUGUUCAAUGAUAUCUUUAGAUUGAAUUAUUCUUAG